AUGCGUCCAGAAGUGAUGUGUCGAAUCUGUGCGUCUCCUGACACUGCACUUGAUUUGGUGGACAUUUUCGAAGAACAUGUAUCCCAAGAGUGUGUUGCUGAUAUUCUGCUUGAGCUAGCAGGAAUAAAGGCGACUGUUGAUGAUGGGUUUUCUCGAAAUUGCUGUGCACAAUGCCAUGCCGACCUCACCAGCGCUGUAACCGUACGAAGGAAAUGUAUUGAGUCAGAUAAACUCUUUCACACAUCUCUAGAAUGCAAUUCUCCCCUAAUGGAUGGUCUCUCAGAUAAUGAAUCUAUAAUAUCUUCUGAACCGGAGCAAACUCCAUGUUAUCAUUGUUACGAAUGUUUAAUAGAUUUCUACAGUUCGGAGUCACUUAAGGAGCAUUAUCAAUCAAAGCAUGCGAACGCUAUUCAUGGUUGGGAAAGUUUCGGAAUCAGCGAAAUAUCCUUGUUCGAUACGACCGAUGAAGAAGAGGAUGAAAGAGUACCUACCGAUUUAGUGUCAAAGCUUGAAAAUUCAUCGCCUAGCAUGAUUUAUUGCUGCGGUUGUCUAUUGACAUUUGCUACUGAUAUCGAACUGAGACUACAUUCCGAUACGGUACAUGCGUCAAACGCAAUGCAGAUUGAUGAAAUUAGAACAUUUCAGUGCAACAUAUGCUAUCGUUUGUUUACAAAUGCGUGUGCGCUUGAAAACCACCAAAGCAUUGAAUAUUUCACACGCUUCCAGUGUGCAACGUGCGGAAUACUGUUCGGUCAGCUGGCGCAAUUAACGCGCCAUGAAUUCACGCACAUGCGUGGAAAAUUCACUUGCGAUAUAUGUGAUAAGAUUUUUUCUAAUCCAGGAUCCAUGAAUAGUCAUAUGAAAAGGUUUCAUUCAAAUGUGAAAGCUAUCAAAACGCAAGAAAAACACAUUUGCAAUCAGUGUGGCAAAAGUGUUAGUUCGGCAGCGUAUCUGAAAACACACAUGCGAUUACAUUCUAACGAAGAACCAUUCGCUUGCACCAUAUGUGGGGCCCGUUUUAAACUGUACAGAUAUUUAAAAUGGCACAUGGCAGUGCAUAAAGGGUUACACAAGUGCAAGGAAUGUGACGCUUCAUUCAAGAGCCCAUCCGAGCUUCAGGAUCAUAUGCACAGCCACGUCGGAUCAAGGGAGUUUAUUUGCACCUUUUGUGGUAGCAAUUUUUGUACAAAACAAAAUCUUUGUAAGCAUAUGAGAAAAGUGCAUGGCCACUACAAAAGAAAGAUAAUCAAUCAUUUGGCAAUGAAUCAAAACAUCCUCUGCCGUGUUUGUGCAUCCACUGACGCUACACUUGAUGUGGUGGAUAUUUUCGAUGAUUAUGUAGCCGAAGAGCGUAUUGCUGAUAUUUUGCUGGAGCUUGCAGGAAUAAAGAUAAGCAAUCAUUUGGCAAUGAAUCAAAACAUUCUCUGUCGUGUGUGUGUCUCUACUGACACUGCACUUGAUCUGAUGGACAUUUUCGAUGAUUAUGAAACCGAAGAGCGUAUUGCUGAUAUUCUGCUGGAGCUUGCAGGAAUAAAGGCGACUGUUGAUGAUGGAUUUCCUCGAAAUUGCUGUGCGCAAUGCUAUUCCGACCUCACCAGCGCCGUAACCGUACGAAGGAAAUGUAUUGAAUCGGAAAAACUCUUCCACACAUCUCAAGACUGGAGCACGCCACUAAUGGAUGAUUUCUCAGAUAAUUUAUCCAUAGAAUCACCUAAACCGAAUCAAAUUCCAAUGUAUUACUGCUCCGAAUGUUCCAUAGAUUUCUAUAGCUCGGAGUCACUUAAAGAACACUACCAAUCAAAGCAUGCCAACGCUAUCCAUGGUUGGAAAAGUUUCGGAAUUUGUGAUAUUUCCUUGUUCGAUACUACAGACGAUGAGGUAGAUGCGAGAGUGACUCCGAAAGAAACCCCCGUUAAAACGUCUCAACGAUGUUGUGGAUGUUUGCUCCUGUUCGAUAGUGUUACGGAACUGCAACAACACUCCCAAGCGGUACAUGCACCGAACGCAAUUGCAGCUAACGAAGACAAACCAUUCCCAUGUGAAAUCUGCUAUAAAACUUACACAACCAAGCAAGGGGUAAUCGCGCAUCAAAUGAAAAGGCGUAAUUUGGCCUACCAGUGUUCGUUUUGUGGAAUAUUAUACGGUUCAAAAUUUGAGCUGGGGCAUCAUGAAAAUAAGCAUACGAAUCGUACAUUUGAUUGCAAUGUUUGUGGAAGGAAAUUCUUUAAGCUCAAUGCUCUAAAUAGGCACAAGGAGGCUAUACAUUUUGAACAGGAAUUGAAACACACUUGCAGUAUAUGUGGAGCAAGCGUCAAAACAAUAGAAUACCUAAGGGUCCACAUGAAGCUGCAUUCUGACGAGGAACCGUUUUCCUGCAACCUAUGUGGGGCCCGUUUCAAACUGUACAGAUAUUUAAGCUGGCAUAUGAAAAUUCACAGCGGACUGCACAAAUGCGAGGAGUGUGCGAUUUCGUUCAAGAGCCCAUCAGAACUUCGAGAUCAUAUGCAGCGGCAUAUCGGAUCAAAGGAUGUUCAUUGCACUAUGUGUCGUAGCCGGUUUUAUACCAAAAAACAUCUUCAGAAACACAUGAGAACGAAACAUGCUCAGUAUCAAAGGAGUAAAAUAGUGAUUAAAAAAAAGCCACAAAGGAAUUAA